GGCCGGCCCCCCCACACCAGGCAGAGCGGCUGCUCCCUGCAAUGUCACUGCCACUGCAGCCACUGGCACCAGCACCGGCACCGGCACCUCCGCGCUGAAGGAGGCAGAGCGGCCACCGCCCCGGCAGGAACCCCGGCCGCCAGGCGCGGUGUGAGGCCAGGAGGCGGCCUGUCCGAUGGGCAGCACCAUGGAGCCUCCCGGGGGCGGGUACCUGCACCUGGGCGCUGUGGCGUCCCCCGUGGGCACGGCCCGCGUGCUGCAGCUGGCCUUCGGGUGCGCCACCUUCAGCCUGGUGGCGCACCGCGGCGGCUUCGCGGGCGUGCAGGGCACCUUCUGCAUGGCCGCCUGGGGCUUCUGCUUCGCCCUCUCGGGCCUGGUGGUGGCCUGCGAGGUCACCCGGCUGCACGGCUGCCUGCGCCUCUCCUGGGGCAACUUCACGGCCGCCUUCGCCAUGCUGGCCACGCUGCUGUCGGCCACAGCGGCCGUCCUCUACCCGCUGUACUUCGCCCGUCUGCAGUGCCCGCCCGAGCCCGCGGGCUGCACCGCCCGGGACUUCCGUCUGGCCGCCAGCGUCUUCGCAGGGCUGCUGUUCCUGGCCUACGCGGCCGAGGUGGCCCUGACCCGGGCCCGGCCCGGCCAGGUGGCCAGCUACAUGGCCACGGUGUCCGGGCUCCUGAAGAUCGUCCAGGCCUUCGUGGCCUGCAUCAUCUUCGGGGCGCUGGUCCAGGACAGCGGCUACCGGCGCUACGCGGCCACCCAGUGGUGCGUGGCCGUCUACAGCCUGUGCUUCCUGGCCACCGUGGCCGUGGUGGCGCUGAGCGUCCUGGGCCACACGGGCGGCCCGGGCGGCCCCUUCGAGCGCUUCGUGGCCGUGUACACCUUCCUGGCCGUGCUCCUCUACCUCAGCGCCGCCGUCAUCUGGCCCGUCUUCUGCUUCGACCCCAAGUACGGUGAGCCCAGGCGGCCCCCCGACUGCCCCCGGGGCCGCUGCGCCUGGGACAGCCAGCUGGUGGUGGCCGUCUUCACCUACGUCAACCUGCUGCUCUACGUGGCCGACCUGGCCUACUCGCAGAGGAUCCGCUUCGUGCCCAGCCCGUAGCCCAGGCCCCCCGCCUCUGCUCUGGGUGCCGGGCCCGCGGGGGAGCGGCCAGGGGAGGCCCCGCACAGCCAUUCAGAGGACUCCUGGCAGCGAAGGCAGCUUCGGGGGGCGGGGCCUGAGCAGGACCCCAGAGGACCUCCACCAGGCACUCCCAGCCCCUCCCUGUUUCUCUCCUUGUCUCUAUCUCUCUCUCCCUCUCUGUCUCUGUCUCUCUCCCUGUCUCUCCCUGUCUUUGUCUCUCCCUGUCUCUGUCUCUCCCUGUCUCUG